CGAAGAAGCCUGGUGGGCAUUGCUGUGCUAGCCAUUUGCUAACAAUCAGGAUUAAAGGAAGACAAACGGAGAUAUAAAACAGUAUUUCUCGUAAUAUGUCUUACAGUACGUAUUGACAGCCUGCGUGUAGCGUGAACCCCUUCCUGUCCGUCAGAAUGUGGAUCCUGGUCGGACUUACUGGAUGAUCCUGCUGAAAUCAGUCGAGGGAGGGCCGUGAAGCCUCGGUGCUCGAGUGGAUCCCGACCCGGGGUCGGAGCGCUGCGAGCCCGCAGCAUCAAGCCGCGGAUUAGCCGGGGGAUUAGUCAGUAUUUUAACUUUCCAGAACAUGUCGCACACUGGACCCCCUCCUCGGUGGCGGAACUGUCCCAGGAGAGGUCAGCCUGUUGCAAAUAAAUUCCUGCCAAUGAAAACGAUGUUGGGGCCCAGAUAUGAUGAUCAAGUUGCAGAGGAGAACAGGUUUCAUCCGAGCAUGCUGUUAAUUUAUUUAAAAAGUCUAAAAGUAAAAAUGGGUUUGCUUGUGGAUUUGACAAACACUACUCGCUUUUAUGACCGCAGUGACAUUGAAAAAGAAGGGAUCAAAUAUGUGAAGCUUCAGUGUAAAGGUCACGGGGAAUGUCCUUCUAAGGAUACAACAUCGAUGUUCAUCAGGCUCUGUGAGCACUUCAUAGAGAAGAAUCCAACAGAAUUGAUAGGUGUUCACUGCACGCACGGUUUUAACCGGACAGGCUUUCUGAUAUGUGCAUACCUCGUGGAGAAGAUGGACUGGAGCAUGGAGGCAGCAGUGAAAGUGUUUGCCCAGUCCCGGCCCCCGGGGAUCUACAAGGGAGACUACCUCAAAGAGCUUUUCCGUAGCCAUGGUGAGGAAGAGGACGCACCCCCUCCUCCCGAACUCCCCGAGUGGUGCUUCGAGGACGAUGACGGGGACAUGGACGAUGACGGUAAUGCGGUCAGCCAGGAGUCGGGUCCCAGCUCCUCUGGGUCAGCGCAUGGCAAAAGAAAGAAAGAGAAACUAAAACUGGGUGCGAUAUUUCUUGAAGACAUCACAGUGAAAGGCGUCACACAGGUUACCGCUCAACCCAAGUUGGGAGAAAUCCAAAGAAUGUGUCAGGAGAUGGCGGAGUGGGACAAGUCUGGGUUUCCCGGUGCACAGCCUGUGUCCAUGGACAGACAAAACCUUCGUUUCCUCGAGCAGAAUCCAUAUAAAGUGAGCUGGAAAGCUGAUGGCACACGGUACAUGAUGCUGAUCAACGGCAAAAAUGAAGUAUACAUGGUCGACAGGGACAACAGUAUCUUCCAGAUAGCAAACUUGGAGUUUCCCUUCCGGAAAGAGCCACACGUCCACUUAUCACACACUCUUCUGGAUGGGGAGAUGAUCAUCGACAAGGUGAAUGGUCAGCCCGUCCCCCGCUAUUUGAUAUAUGACAUCAUCAAAUUCAGAGCGCAGCCAGUUGGCCAGUGUGAUUUCAACAUCCGGUUGUUAUGCAUAGAAAAGGAAAUAAUUUCUCCCCGAAUGGAAAAGAUGAAGACUGGACAGAUUGACAAAACCAAGGAGCCUUUCAGUGUCCGAAAUAAGCCCUUCUUUGACAUCCAUGCUUCACGCAAGCUCCUGGAAGGCAGCUUUACAUCCCAGGUCAGCCAUGAAGUUGAUGGACUAAUCUUCCAGCCAUGUGGGAGGUACAAAGCAGGGAGGUGUGAUGACAUCCUAAAGUGGAAGCCCCCCAACCUCAACUCUGUAGACUUCCGCCUCAAGAUCACCAAAGUUGGAGGAGAAGGGCUGCUACCACAGACUGUUGGAUUGCUCUACGUCGGCAGCUAUGACAGGCCCUUUGCAAAGAUGCGGGCGACCAAAGAGCUGAAACAAUACGACAACAAGAUCAUCGAGUGCACCUUUGCCAAUGACAGUUGGGUGUUCAUGAGGCAGCGGGUGGAUAAGAGCUUCCCCAACUCCUACGAGACAGCCAUGGCUGUGUGUAAAAGCAUCAAGGAACCCGUCACGAAGGAAAUCCUUUUGGAGUACGUGGACCGCUGCGCUCAGGCUGUCCAAGCCCAGAACCGGAAACGCCCAUCUGACCCGGACUCUCAGCUAAUGCCCCCUCCCCCUCCAAAAAGACCCAACCGGGCCAUCCCCUAGCCCACAGCUGGGCCCUCCGGACCCCACAGUCACAGUGUACAUCCACAUCACCAGCCACAACCCCCCAGGAAAAAACAACAGAAAACAUUUCAAGGCUUUCUUCCUGCAUUUGCUUCAUCAGCCUGUACAUGUAAGGACUUGAGAAUGACUGCCUCAAUGUGACUUGUUUAAACUGUAGACUUCUUUGUAGCUUUAAUUGCUUGUGUUCUUAUUAAAAUCCUAAACAUGAUGCUUAGGUUCUUUUUUUUAAUUGUUUUUCUAUUUAUAUAUUUUUUUAAGUCUCAGCUAAAUGGUGAUUAUCAUCAGGGGCAUUGUUAAAGCUACAAAUAACACCUGCCAGAUCUUGUUUACGCUUUUGGUGACAAGUUCCUUAGUUUGAUUUUAAAAGGGGAGUAAACAUCAUUAAACCUCAUCUGCUGUCUUCUUUUUAGUUUGUGAUCAUCAAAGAUCUCGUUGAAAUUGACGCAAAACUGUGUCGGUGUGAGGUUUGGAUUCAUUAAAAG